AUGCAGACGCCGCGGCGAGCGAUGAGGAUGGAGGCCGGAGAGGCAGCGCCGCCGGCGGGGGCGGGCGGCCGCACGGCGGGCGGCUGGGGCAAGUGGGUGCGGCUCAACGUGGGGGGCACGGUGUUCCUGACCACCCGGCAGACGCUGUGCCGGGAGCAGAAGUCCUUCCUCAGUCGCCUGUGCCAGGGGGAAGAGCUGCAGUCGGACCGGGAUGAGACUGGGGCCUACCUCAUUGACCGUGACCCCACCUACUUUGGGCCCAUCCUGAACUUCCUCAGGCAUGGCAAGCUGGUGCUGGACAAGGAUAUGGCUGAGGAGGGGGUUCUGGAGGAAGCUGAGUUCUACAACAUCGGCCCACUGAUCCGCAUCAUCAAAGACCGGAUGGAGGAGAAGGACUAUACGGUGACCCAGGUGCCACCCAAGCAUGUGUACCGAGUGCUGCAAUGCCAGGAGGAGGAGCUCACACAGAUGGUCUCCACCAUGUCUGAUGGCUGGCGCUUCGAGCAGCUGGUGAACAUUGGCUCCUCUUAUACAUAUGGCAGCGAGGACCAAGCAGAGUUCCUGUGUGUGGUGUCCAAGGAGCUCCACAGCUCCCCGCAUGGCCUGAGCUCUGAGUCCAGCCGCAAAACCAAGAGCGCGGAGGAGCAGCUGGAGGAGCCACGGCAGCAGGAGGAGGUGGAGGAGGUGGAGGUGGCACAGGUGCAGGUGGAGGCAGAUGCCCAGGAGAAAGGUCCCUGUCCGCACCCUCUCAGACCUGAGCCUGAGCUUGCUGUGAGGGCUCCUCGGCCCCACGCCCGCCCCCAGAGCUGCCGUCCAUGCUAUUACAAGCCAGAGGCACCCGGAUGUGAGCCCCCAGAUCACCUCCAGGGACUUGGGUUUCCGAUCUGAAAUCCUUUACUUUUGUACCACGGGGCAGGCCCCCAGCCUGAGGAGGAAGACACGCUCUGUCCCUUGCCCCUCCUGUCUGCACCCACUGGUCUGGGACUCACCCCUGCCUCCAGAGCCAGGCUGGGGCCCCCCUGGGACCUUACCAGGCCCGAGGUGGGCCCUGGGCCUCCUGGGCAGAGUUGCCUGCCCAUGGCCGAAGUGUGGUGCCACUAGCCAGCUGUGUCUCCCAGACCCCUGUGUCCCCUCACUUGGGUCCCCCUGCUGCAUGGUGGAUGCACUACCUCCCAGCCCAGUCACAUCGCCACCUUGAGCCUCACUUUCCUUGUUGGUCCCAGGGGUCUCCCUCAACCUGCCUACCUCACAGGGUUGUUGUGAGGGUGCAGGGAGGAGCAAGGCCAUGCCCUUCACCUUCCUUAUGGGGAGCCCCCCUAGCCCCCAGGCAAGACACUGUUUGCAAAGGAAGACUCCGACAUUGAGGAGGGGGUGAUGCUGUGGGAUCUGACCUGUCAGAAGGAGGGGGAGCAGACUGACAUCACCCUAGUGGCCCAGCCCCACUCCUACCCUAUAUACUGCCACAGUGCCCGGCCCAGGAGUGGCGGAAAUGGCUGGGGAGGACCUCGUGAAAAGGGAAGGGGACACUCUUCUCUGCCAAGAGCAGGGUCCAGGUGUGAUGGGGAGUGAGUGAGGCCCUCCUUUGUGACCACCUAGAUGGGUGCUCACCUCAACUGCGUCCAACCCCACCAUGUAAUAAACCUGAAGAAACAGCCCUACCUGGCUGCUUCCCGCUUUCUCUGGGCCACUUUUGGGGACGGGCUAAACUCAAUAUGGGGUGGAUCAACCCAAAAGAAUAGGGCUUUUCCUGGAGCCUAGGGCCUCUGCCCAGUUGUCACUUUGCUGUAUGUUGGGGGAGAGGUUGGAGCAUGUCUGUCCUCGACUCAGUGGCCAGAGGCUGAGGCCACCUCCUCUGCCAAGUGCUCAGAAAUGGGGAUGGAGAGCUGGACCUGGGCAGACAUCCUGUAUCCUAGCCUCCAGGAAGCCCCUCCACUUCCUGCCCAACCAACACCUCUUGGUCACCUUCACCCUCCCUGUUGCUGUCCCAGGCCUCCCACUGCACCUUCUCUAAAUCUCUAGACUCUCACCUUUUUCCUGUGGG